AAAGAAUAUGGGUCUAGUGGUCCAAGUUUUACACAUAUGAGCCCUUAGCUCCGCUGGGCUUACACUAGCUGCUAUCCGAUUUUGUAAUCUUUUUACGCAAGAGGAUUUGAAAUUCGAUACUCCCUAAUUUGGAGUUCGGAUUCGGAUCAUCUCAUAGACUCAUACUCUCUGCACACAUCUAUCGCGCUUUUCAACCAAACCCUAGUUUGUUAGCUAAUUGCUUCCAUGGAUCCUAGUGAGAGUGAGACGACCCAACCUACACCUGCUCAGAUGGGUGGAGAGAAUGACACUUCGAGCUUUGAUGAUGGGGAAAAUGGAUCGAGGAAUAGAAGGUCAAGUUCAAAGCAUAGCUCUCGUGAUUAUGAGCACGAAAAGGAGUCCUCAAGAAGCAAGGAUAAGGAAAGGGAGAGAGGACGUGAUAAGGAUAGAGAUAGGGAUAGAGACAGAGACAAGGAUCAUGACCGUCACCGUAGAGAUAGGAGCGAGAGAAGGAGAACUCGAGAGAGUGAUGCUGAAGUUGAUAAUGAUGACUAUUACAAGAGUCGAGACCAUGAUAGGCGCAGAGAUAGGGAUGGAAGACACAGACACAGAUCUAGAUCCUAUGACAGAGAAAGAGAGGAAAGACGAUCACACAGGUCGAAGUCCCAUGACAGGGAUAGAGUGGAAAGACAUAGACAUAGGUCCAAGUCCCGUGACAGAGAUGUAGAAGAAAGGCACAAGCGUAGGUCCCACUCUAGGGGAGGAUCUAGGCACAAGUCAAAAUCAAAGUCUCCAUCUCCUAUUCGAUCUCGUUCCCGAUCUGUUUCUAAAAGAGAGAGGAAAAGUGGAUUUGACAUGGCACCUACUGAUCCUGCUCAGCUACCUGGGGCUUUGGGUCUUCCAGUUCUAAGAAGGCAAUAUUGGGCUAGUUGCCCCACUCUGUUGACACUGGGCGUGAGCCGAUCUCUGUAGGAUAUUUGUACAAGGAAGGCAAUAAAGGUCAAGUUCCUGCGAUUACACCAACCAUUCCAGGAAUAUUUCCAAACAUGCUAACUUUUGCACCAGGACAGUUGGGAGCUCUCCCUGUUAUGCCAAUUCAGGCUAUGACUCAGCAGGCUACGAGACACGCACGUCGAGUGUAUGUUGGUGGACUUCCUCCAAGUGCUAAUGAACAGUCUGUGGCAAUAUUCUUUAAUCACGUAAUGGCUGCAAUUGGUGGAAACACAGCCGGUCCAGGUGACGCAGUGGUCAAUGUUUACAUAAAUCAUGAGAAAAAAUUCGCGUUUGUAGAGAUGAGAUCAGUUGAAGAGGCCAGCAAUGCCAUGGCACUGGAUGGCAUUAUCCUUGAGGGAACUCAAGUUAAGGUCAGAAGACCUACCGAUUACAAUCCAUCUCUGGCUGCUGCACUUGGUCCAAGCCAACCAAACCUUGACCUGAAUCUUGCAGCUGUUGGGUUAGCUCCAGGGUCAUCUGCUGGGCUUGAGGGCCCUGACCGUGUCUUUGUCGGAGGCCUUCCAUACUAUUUCACUGAAGCUCAGAUUCGAGAGCUUCUCGAGUCUUUUGGACCACUUAGAGGGUUUAAUCUUGUGAAAGAUAGGGAAACAGGAAAUUCAAAAGGCUAUGCUUUCUGUGUGUACCAAGAUGUUUCCGUUACUGAUAUUGCUUGUGCAGCUCUUAAUGGGAUUAAGAUGGGCGAUAAGACUCUUACUGUUAGACGUGCCAGUCAGGGUUCAUUACAACCUAAACCAGAACAGGAGAGCAUACUGUUACAUGCACAACAGCAAAUAGCGCUACAGAGACUCAUGUUACAACCUGGUGGGUUACCCACAAAGGUGCUAUGCCUAACAAAUGUGGUUAAUGCGGAUGAGCUAAAGAAUGAUGAAGACUAUGAGGAUAUAUUGGAAGAUAUGAGGAUGGAAUGUGGGAAAUUUGGUACCUUGGUGAAUCUAGUAAUCCCUCGCCCACGCUCUGAUGGUGAGCCUACACCGGGAGUUGGAAAGGUGUUUCUUGAGUACGCUGAUGUGGAGGGUUCUAGCAAAGCCCAGCAAGGGUUGAAUGGAAGAAAAUUCGGUGGAAAUCAAGUGGUUGCUGUGUUCUAUCCCGAGAACAAGUUCUCUCAGGGAGACUAUGAAGGCUGCUAGUUGUUGUAGCUUUUGUUUCUUUUUUAGAAUUUCCUGACGAUGAAAGAUUGCUAGUUUGGUUAGUACUAAUUAUAUGAACCUUGAAGGAAUAUUGUUUCUGCACAGGAUUAUCCUAGCUAUGACCCUAGCUAUUAUCCCUCGUGUCCGUAUUCAUCUGCUCUUGAUUUAUUAAAUAAAAAGUAGUUCGCCAG